AAUACAUAUUGUGUAGCCAUUUAAGCUGAGCUAUGUUUAGGGUGUCUUCUCAAACGUGAUCUUUUGUGUGAUUUGGAUCACAACACUUAUCUCUCAAGUGCUGAUUGUACAAUUCGGUGGUCACUGGUUUUCUACAGCUCCAUUGAAUGCCGUCCAGUGGGCGAUUUGCAUUGCCUGCGGUCUGGGCGAAUUAAUCUGGGGCCAGAUUAUAACAACGAUACCGUCGUCAAUUCUACCAAAAUCAUUCCGAUUCGGUAAAGGAGAAGUCAAACCAACGUCAAUAAUGCUUACUGGUGAAUAUGACGUUCCAUCAUCGUCAUCAAUGGUCCCCAAACCCGAUGGAGCCACUGCCGAAAAGCGACCAGGCCAAAUGCUUUGGCUACUUGGUCUCACUAGACUUCAGACUCAGAUUCGAGUGGUCAGGGCGUUCCAGUCUGUUAACGACAGUUCGCAUCCAAACUCACUGACAACGUCGACAGCCGACCGACUUCGUGCCAGCUACCGUCGCCUGAAAAUCGCUCGAGAGCUCGAACAACAAAAGAGUUCGUGGUUGUGCGCACUGUAG